UUUUUUCUUUUUUAAAAAUUUAAGGACUUCAUUGAUAUUAAAAACAAAGAACAAGAAACAUACCUGAAAAUGAGCCAACCUGAUGUAGAACAACAACUUUUAUUUAUUUCUAUUCUCUAAAUGUACAUUUCUUCAUAGUAUAAAAUUAAUCUUUCCGGAUGCAGGGAGUAAAACUUGUAAUUUGCACAAGGAGAAAAUAAGAAAUUCGUGACAUGUACAAUUCCUUCAUACCAAACCAAGCACAUAUUUUUUACCCCUCUACAAUUUCUAUAUUAUAAUUUCUAUCCCCAUUUUUCUUAUAUUACAAGCAGUAGCAGAAUACAAGUAUGGAGAUGACGUCAAACUAGAAAUAAGUUCAUAAUCACUAUAAGCCUAACUGAACCAAUAGUCCCACGAAGGGGAUAAAUAACCCAACAAAUGCAAAAGGAAUAACGCCCAAAUGCACGUGGGGAGAUUCGAACUCGUGAUCACAUCAAACUGAAAACAAGUCCACAAUCACUAUAAGUCUGCCUGAACCAAUAGCCACAUGAAAGGGGAUAAAUAAUCCCACCAAAUACAAGGGAAAUUAAGCCCACAUACACAUGGAUAGAUUCAAACUUCUGACCUUUAAAUGUAAUGUAACUCAUUUUGUAAUUAAGGAUUGAGUUUCCGUUUAAUAAAAAACAAAUAGGACAGAGUUGAGCAUUUAAGUAAAAUGAAACCCAAUCCAUCUGCCACGUUCUAUCAAUACGUCUCAUGACGUUAAUUCGCAUUUGUUCCACGUAAAAAUUAAAUUCGAUUAUAAUGUCAGAACAUCAUUGGAGCCUUUAAAUAGCAGAAUGAUCAUCCUGAGUAAUGUAACUUUAUCAAAAUUCAGAUAUUUUGCUGGAACGUAGGUAACCAUGAAAUCUAGCUUGUACACAUCUGCCAUGAGAGGUGAUGUUGCUGACCUCGAGCAACACAAAGACGUACUCGACGGAGAACUCACCCCAAACCACAACACCGUUCUCCACGUCACGGCCCAAUUCGGCCACCUCGAUUACGUGAAAGAGGUCAUAGAAGCGUGUCCGUCUCUGCUACGCCGGCUGAAUGUCAAAGGUGAAACUCCGCUUCAUACGGCGGCGAGGGAUGGGCGAGCUGAAAUAGUAAAAGCACUGAUACUUCGCGCAAAAGAACUAGAGACGCGAGAACUUCAAAGCGGCUGGGGUGGAGCAGUAAAGGAGAUGUUGAGGGCAACAAACGUCGACGGGGACACUGCCUUGCACAUGGCAGCGAGAAAUUGUCACUUGGAACUAGAGGCCAAGUACUUGAAAGUGGUUGAAUCAUUAAAAAAAGGACUUAUUAAAUAUUGGGAUUUGCUCGAUUCGGAUAUGAUGGUACGGGUACAUAUAAUGCUGGACUUAAAGGUCGAUAAAGAAAAAGCGGAGCAGAUAAGGAGGGCAACAAAGGUCGAGAAAGAAGAAGUGGAGGAGAUAAUGAGGGCAACAAAGGUCAACAGAGACACAGCCCUGCACAUGGCAGCGUGA